AUGGCCAUGGAGACUAGCAAACCGCCUGCUUUUGACGUCUCGCACAACCACAUCGUUGCGACGCUAUUCUACAGAUCCGACAGACCCUCCCAUGCACAUCCUCACCCAGAUGCCUCUCCGCGUAGUCCACACGAUGCGCUGCCAAAGGUCACGCUCGACGGCUUGAAGGAUGGCUUUGCGCCUACAGAGAAGCUGGAAGAAUACCCGCUGGAGCCACCAACACCUGGUCCGGAUCCUCUCGACCACCUCUACGGCUCCUACGUCUCGCAAAGCUGCCUCACCGAAUUCGUCGACACAUUGAGAGAAAUACUGCCAGACCUUGCGGAGGGGACCGAAGUCAUACGCCCGUUGGAAAGAUCAAAACUGUGCAGAGUGGUCGAGGUGACAUUCCCUCUGCCCAGCACAUCGGCAGUCACUCUCGAGGUGCUCAGGAGAGAAGAGGCUAUCAGCCGGUUCGAGCGCAAAUGGAACGUAGAAGCCGUGUUUCAGAACGACACCGUUUUCAGGCGUUAUAAGCGGCUCGCCGUCUUCGAUAUGGACAGCACUCUCAUUCAACAAGAGGUCAUUGACGAGAUCGCCAGCAUAAUAAACAUCAAGCCGAAAAUCGCCGAUAUUACCGCACGCGCGAUGAACGGAGAUAUCGAUUUCGAGCAGUCAUUGAGAGCGAGGUGUGCCCUCCUGAAAGGUGUACCGAGCGACGUAUGGGAAACGCUGAAGCCGAGACUCACCCUUAACGAGGGCGUCGCAGACCUCAUCAAGGCAUUGAAGAAGCUCGGUUUCAAGACUGCAGUCCUUAGCGGGGGCUUCACGCCUUUGACCGGCUGGAUGGCAGCACAAUUGGGUCUUGACUAUGCGUUUGCGAACCAUCUGGUCGUGAGCGAAGACGGCAAGUCGCUGACCGGCGAGUUGACUGGUGACAUCGUCCACGCGGAGAAGAAGCGCCAACAUGUCCUGGAUAUCGCCGAGAAGGAAGGUAUCUCGCUCGACCAGGUGAUGUGCAUCGGUGACGGAGCCAACGACCUGCCCAUGAUGGGCGUCGCUGGCCUUGGUAUAGCCUUCCACGCCAAACCGAAAGUGCAGAUGCAGGCACCCGCACGACUCAACUCGAAGAGUAUGCUGGAUGUCCUGUACCUCCUUGGCAUAACGAAAGAAGAGCAAGAGGCAUUGCUAAGGUAG